AUGUUGUCGUCGGCGUCUAGAAGGUUGAGAUUUUGGAAAAAACAACCAGACAAAGAAAACCAGAAAAAGUUGGAAGCGGCUUUGAAAAAAGUUGAAGACGAACGAGAUGCAAUGUUGAUCAGGAUGAUAGCUAAAAUAUAUGGCAUUGGAUAUUAUAGGUGUAAUAAAAAUAAUAGCAACAACUCUACUACUACUAAAAAUAAUAGUAACAACAACAACAACAAUAAUAAUAAUAAUAAUAACGAUAAUAAAAUAAUUAAUAAAUGCCAGAAAUGUGAAUCAGUUUGCAUUGAACAAAAGCUAUACAACGAAAAGCUAGAGCACUUGCAAGAGAAAAUAAAGAAGCUGGAGAGAGAGAAUAGAAUACUGCAGUCAUUAUUGAGGGGUUAUGUUUCACAUGCAAGUCUUCUCUACGAAUCUCAGACGCGCUCACAACAGCAACAGUUACAACAACAUCAAAAACAACAACAUCAGCAAAACAGCAUCAAAGAAACCAGCAGCAGCAACAACAACAGCAACAACAACGACGACGACGUAAAAGAACUCCGAAGAAAUUCAAGCCUCUCCUUGAACGAUUUCCUUGAUGACAGCGCCGACUUAGCCGACUCUAUUAAAAAUGACAGCUACGUUAGUUCUGGCAACUCGUCGUUAGACGAUGAUGGGGAAGAUAAUGUGAAGAACUUCAUAGAGUUCAGCUACGAUAAAGGCGACGGCAUAUCGUCGAAAUCAACGGUUUUGUUGGGCACUCCUAGCGAGAAAGACGACGAUGAUGGUGUCGUUGUUGUUGUUGGUGGUGGUGGUGGUGGUGGUGGUGGUGGUGGUGGUGGUGGUGCAGGCGGUGCUGGCAAUGUUUCCGCGCUUGUGAUCAAUUCUCUCCAUGCCGAUGAGUUCUUACAAAAGUUUACCUCAGUUAAAAACAAUAAUAGUGAAAGAGAAAGCACAAAAACCUACAUUCACAAUGGCAUUAAUAACGUAAGCGAAGAUAACAUCAACAGUAAAAACAUUAACAGUGAUGACAUCAACAUAGGCGCCUGUCUUAUCAACAAAAACAACAACAGCCUUGAUGUCAGUGAGGAAUCUAAUAGCAAUAACACCAGCAACAACAAUGACAACAGUAACAAAAGUCACGAAACACUAAGCAAAACAUCAGACAUCAUUAGCUCAGCUAAUCUAAGUAGCGUUACAACGAUCAGUUUGAAUGAUUUUAACACAAAACAAUCAAUGAAUUUUAGCACGGACUGCAUUUUAGACCCCAAACAUUUAGACGAUUCAACUACCCUAACCAAAAAUCAUUCACAGUUUUUGAAACUUUCACAAACUCCACUACAGAGAUGCAACUCAAACAGCAUUCCUAAUUUAACUUGCCUACAGAAGACUUUCGAAUCUAACACUACACACACAAAUUUGUACGUAGGCCACUUAAGUCAGGAUAAAAAGUUGAAACGUAAAAGUUUAGAUGAUUCGGUAACUUUUGAGAGAAAAUUUUACAAAAUGACGCCUUAUCAGAAAGAUGUUGAGAGAGUUAUUGAUUUCUUUCGUUCGUCUGAUAAUUCCAAUGCUAGGAAUACAAAAUCGAAUGUGGUCAUAUCGAAAGAUAAGGUGAACGAGUUGAAGAAAUAUUUUGAAUGUGGUGAGGUCAAGACAAAAGCGAAAUUUUUGCGAUCACAAUCUGAAUCAAAAAAGGAUUGUGAGAAAAUUGCUGCACCUAGAAACUCAAAGCGUGGCGAAACGAACUCAAAUAUACAGGGCGACAGUACAAGUAACGUGACUGUUUCAUAUCAGGCUGAUGAAAAUAACUUCCCUUUGAAAAAUAAUAUCACGAAUGUAUGCACAGUGAAUGGUAAGACAAACGACAACUCUACAAACACUUACAUUCGCGCCUCAAACACACAAAAUAAUAAUGCUGAAAAUAUCCCCAAAAUACCUUCCUUGAAGAGCAAAUUAAAGAACAUGAAAUCGUCAAAAUUGGCCGCAACCGACAAAAUAACAAAUGAUCACAAUCAAAAGUUUCGCAACAACAACAACAGCAACAAUUUCAUCGAAGCGCAGACUACAGAGCAUGAAACAUCAACAAAAUCAACGAGCACAAAAGAAGCAAAACCAAACAAAACACCAUCCACAAGAAACCAAUCCAUACCUCGUUUAGACGUUUCGAAGUACGUAACAUCAAAGCCCAAACAACAAAUACUCGACAAGCAAAAACCGAAACUAACAAUUGGUACAAGUAACAUCUCGGUACAUCGGCAAUCUCGAGCCUCUUCUGUACCGUCACCAAUCUUACCGACAAAAAUCCCUCAAAAGCGAACAAAAGAACCGGCAACACCUCAAUUCAGAGUAACAGUCGCGAAAUCAACGAGCUUAAAAUCAUUUAGCGAUGUAGCCAUUAGCAAAUCAGUUAAAACUUCAACAAAGUUAAACCAAAACAACGAAAAAUGGCUCAGUCGAAAUUCGACCAGAAAAUUAACUCAGACUUGUAAAACAACAUCGGCAUACGGUUGCCACAAUUCAUGCGUGAUAACGGAUAUAGAGAAGUAUAAGCUGGGUAGUGGUAACUUUAACGAUGGGUUGCUUCUGCCUGUGCUUCACGAGAAUGUCUGCAAUGUGGAUGACUCGUCGAAUUUCGGCAACAACAGCAACAACAACAGCAACAACAACAACAACAACAUGGUAGAUGACGACAAGGUGCUCGUUGUUGAUCUUGCUCAUGAUACAACAGAAUCUUCACUGAGUAGCGAUGACUUUAGUAAGAUAAAAGAUGAAACGAACAGCGUCUGCCAUUCAGAAUUUUCAACGAAAUCGGAGCCCUCACCCAACUUCAACAAGUCAUCCUACCUGCGAUCAUCCUUCAAUCAAAAAUAUCUACAAUGCGUUAACAACAACAGCCACAAAAACGCCACCACAAACAACCACCACAAACACGCCACUACAAACAACCACCAAACAACGCCACAAGCCACGUGUGGCUGCAGAAUAAAAGCCCAAGCGACUACAGAUCAAAAACAAUUCACGCCAAAAAUUACAAGACCCAAAAUUCAAACGGUCAAAAAUAAUAACCUCGUAUAUUCAAAAACAUCGUCACCUCGAAGUGAUAAACUGAUUAACGUUAAUGUCCAAACUAUGCAAGUAAAACUACCUCUCAAGUCGCAAAUGCCAACACCAUCAGCACAAAGACUAGAAAACAUUUCAUUUCAGGGAGACGAUGCAACAACAUUAUACUACGAAACUCCGUCACAACAAUCAACAACAACCAACAACAACAACAGCAACAAAAAUUCGCAAAUCCCAAUUAAAUCACCACUACCAACUGAUGAAAUCCUACCUGUCAGCAACUCAAUAAACCGUUCGAAGCUAAUCAGGACGGCACCAUUCGCUAGCGUUUCAUCCAACCUAACUGAUACAAAAUACUCAAAACCAAACUCAUCAAAACAACCGGACAGAAACUCAACAGAGAAAAAAUCCCACUACAAAAUCCCACAACAUCUCAAUCCAGCUCUGCGACCAAAACCAACAAACGGACAAAUCGGCGUGCCAUCGUGCAUAAGAAUGUCUCCGGAUAUCUUACAUUUUAGGAAAAAAUUUGACGCGACAACUUCAAUUACCUCACCACAACAACCGCAACAGCAGCAGCCACUUACUCCACAGCAUCAACAACAACAGCAGACCAGUACUAAUUCAGACAAACCAGUCCAGAUCCUUUUAACUUCGGCCGCUAGAAACGAGCCAUUCAAACCGACGGUGGAAAAAAAUAAAUCAAAAUCUGGCUUUCAUAAUAAGGACAAUAAUAUUAACCAUAGCAAUAAUAAUAAUAAUAAUAAUAAUAACGAUAGUAAUAGUAAUUCGGUAUCGAGUGGAGAUUCACCGGCUUCAAUAUCAACUUCGUCGGAUGCUGAUGAAGUGUUUGAAAGUCUCUCGAAGCAACUGGAAGACCUCACCAAAGUAGCUAACAACAACAACAAUAAUAAUAAUAAUAACAAUAAUAAUAAUAAUAGCAAUAAUAAUAAUCGUAACGUUAAAAAUGGUAUUAACCAAAAGUCAAUGCAUAUGAGCACUAUAGUUUGA